AUGAGACCCACAGGGGGUCGUUCCAGGAGUGCCUCGAUGCGUUGGAGCACUCUGGAAGCGACGGGGGGAAACAGCCUCUUCGCGUUUCUGUCGUUGUUCUCUGGCGUCUGCAACCUCUCUUGUGAGGUCUCAGUGGAAACCGAGUUUGUGGAGGCCGAAAUGUCUCCUCUGAACCGCGACGAGGACGCGUUCUUUGGGCGAGGCGGCAAGAGCAACACCUUUUCCAUGAAAGGAUCGAGGGCUUCAAAUGCGUCCCCGCAUUCCCGGAAGGAAGGCACCGGAGGCGGAGGCAAGGACUCCGGCAGACUCGGCAGAGAGGGUGAAGAGAGACAGGGAGAAGCGGAAGCGGCGUCAGUGUCUCCGUUUUCUGCAGAGGCCAAGGAGUAUCCCCAGGAGAGCGCCAGCGGCAGCAAACAGGCCUUCUCGUCGAAAGCUUGCGCGCCUACUGUCGCCUCCGCAGUCGCGCAAGCAGGCGGCGCAGAGUCGAGGAGGCGAAGCAUGUGGCGACAGGCUUCGUCCAGCCGAGACAGGAAGCUGAGACGCAUUUCCUCCUGCAAAGCCUCCUGGAGUUUCUCGUCCUUCGAAGGACUUUCCUUCCCUUUUGCCUCCACAGCUGCCUCCUCCGAGAGCGUUGUCGAGAGAAGCGGAUUCCUGCGGAGGGCCGAAAGAGGACGGAUCUGCUCGCGGGUCUCUGCCGAGUCGGGAGAGGAGACUGCCGGCCUUGAGGGAGGUCCACGAGAAGCUGCGGUCGCCAUCUUGCUCUCAGGCGAUGCGCAUGCAGACGACCUCGACCGUGAGAGGGGAGAGGCGAAAAGGGAGGAAAAGGGAGACCCAGGGCAAACGAAGAGGACAGGAGAGGGGAGGCGAAGCGAGCGAGACGGGGAGAUGAAGACAAAGAGAGAUGCUACAGCGACCAGCACCGCGACACAGCUUCUGAAGUAA